GCUGUGUUAGGAGACUCUCUCUGAUAGUAUCCCUUUCAUUUUGACCCCUAUUCAGGACAAGAUCAUGUAAAACUGCAUUGGAUUCUGUUGAAGAGUAGCAUCAAGCCCACCUUCUCAAACAGUUGAGCCCCGCAGUAAGUUAGGAAGUGUGUUGGCCUACUUGCCCUGCUGCUUGCGCAGUGAUCCUGUUCUGCACCGCAAUUGUCACCGCCUGCAGCCGCAGCUUUGCUUUCUACAGAGCACCUGGCUGCCUGUGGUCUUCAUGUUCUCAUGGCAGCAGCCUUGCAUGCGAGAAGGUCAAGUGGAUUCCAUCUCAGCAUAAUGUCUCAGAGGACUUGAAUUACUGCCACACUUGAAGACUGAAAAGGACGUCUGACUGUUAUUCACACAUGUACAUGGAAUGUAUGGCGCUCCCGCACUUGUCCAUUUAGGGAGAUUGCAGUAUGUCAACUUCUGAAAAUCCAACAAACACAACAAGCCUCACUGGCUCACCAAAGCCUGGUCAUCUGGACAUCAUUCACUACACUCUCAUCUGCAUCUCUGCGUUCACCGUCCUCACCAUCGUUCUGUUUGGAAUCCUGUGGUUCAGAAAGUAUCGAUCCCUGAGUAAAACCAUUCAGCAGCUCAGUGUGAAGGGUUUUUCUCAAGACCCCCAUCCACCCUCUCCCACCUCACAUCAAAUCGACGAUUCGAAAGAGACGUACCUAGAAAAACAGAAAAGCAAGCCAAGCACCAAGUUACUAUGGAAGCCACCUCAACAGAACCCCCGAGUGACGAAAGAGGACCUAAACCUCAUUCAGCUGAUGAAGUCUGGGAAAGAAGGGGCCUUCUACAAAGCGAAAAUGACGCGGGGCACAUGCAAAGGCCACACACUUGUCACUUGCAAAAUUGCAAAAGAAGGUGUCAGCGCUAAGCAAAUGGAGAAAGAAGUGUCUAUUAUGAGGAAGCUGCUGUAUCAUAAGAAUGUGCUGCAGCUGCUGGACUGGAACACUGCAGAGGAGCCCUUUGUGUUGAUCAUGGAGUUUGUAAGUCAUGGGACCCUGCGUGGCUUUGUAAAGACACAUCAUGAGAAGCUGAGUGCUAACCCUGAACUCCAGAGCCUUUUCACUAUCGCCUCCUAUCACAUCGCCCUGGCCAUGGAACACUUGCGCUCCAAAAUGGUGGUGCACUGUGACCUUGCCUUACGGAAUAUUCUGGUGAGCCGUUUCCCGUGGGAAAUCAAGGUGGCAGAGUUUGGCCUGGCCAGAGACCUGACACGUAUGAGAAGCAGACGUAGCACCAGAAAAAAGCAACACAAGGAACGGGUGCCCUUGCGUUGGUAUCCUCCUGAGUAUUUCCGGAACAACUACUACAGCUUCAAAGGGGAUGUGUGGUCUUUUGGCAUUGUGUUAUGGGAAAUGCAGACAUUUGGCAGCUUACCCUACCCCAGUCUGGAAACAUCCGAGCAAGUGGUAUAUUACAUUUGUGCUGGACACAGGAAUGUAGCCCCUGACAGUUGCCGGCCUGAGAUAGUGCAGAUCAUGAAGAACUGCUGGCUGGAACCUUACACUGUCAGACCUGCCUUUUCAGAGCUUGUCAGAGUCUUGGAGAAUAUCAUUGAGAAUGACUCGGAUUAUGUGGAUGUUGCAACUCAAGUCAUGAACACAACAGAAGACUGAACAUCAUGGGUCAAGCUGGAGUUCCAAUAAACAACAGGAAUCAGCAUCUCCCUUCUGUAAAACGAGUGCAACUGGGUCCAUGCAGUUUACCUGGG